AUGAGACCUGAGGCUGCGCUGAUCCAAUUGCAUGAAGCGACAUGGUACGCAUUCGACCUGGAUGACACUCUGCAUGAGUUUCGCAAAGCAUCGGCAGCCGCAGUCAAAGCAGUUCUCAAGAUCAUCCACGAAACGAGCGGUCAUACGCUGGAGGAAUUGGACGAAGAGUAUAAGCGUGUUCUCUCUCGAGGAACGGCCUUGGCAUUCGUGGACGGCAAGACGUCCCAUCAAUACCGUGAAGACCGGUUUCAGCAACUUGUACGGGUAUUCGACAUCAAGCUGAAUGAAGGUCAGAUGCAGAUACUCGUUGAUCUCUACGAGGAAGUUUUGACUAAGAGUUUGGAACUAAAGCCAGGUGUGUUGGAGCUUUUUCAGACGCUGAAGCGAUGUGGCAAAAAGAUCGCAGUCAUUACUGAAGGGCCUCAAGAUGCGCAAGAGCGAACCGUUGAAGCGCUGGGACUAACAUCUCACAUUGACUAUCUGGCAACAACAAACAAGUUGAGGGUCGCGAAAAUCGACGGAUUAUUCUCGAGGGUCCUAGAGCAUCUCCACCUCCAACCAGAUGAGAUUAUCAUGACUGGCGACAGCUGGAAACGCGACAUUGUGCCAGCCACGCAGGCUGGCAUAUACUGCAUUCACUACUCGGAGAAAGGACCCGAGUAUGAUGAUUCUGAAAAACAGAGGAGCAUCCGUACAUUUGGACAGCUCCAGGACAUCAUUGAGAAAGCUCAUCAUAAUCUGGAAGCAUAA